AUGAUUGCCCAUCCUGAGAGUACUUCCGCCUCCUUCCGCAUCAACAUGACCGAGUCGUUGCUCCGUCUGCAGGCGAACAUUCCCGAGAUUGAAGAACAACGCUGCCGGCGACUGGAUGAGCCCUUUCAGGAGCUGAAUCGAAAAACCUUUGCCUUGAAGAAGAUUCUUUCGCGCAUUCCAGAUGAGAUUGACGAUCGGAAGGUCUUCCUGGAGACGAUUAAAGAAAUCGCCUCUGCAAUUAAGAAGCUGCUUGACUGCGUCAAUGAGAUCACCGCCGGCGGCUACCUGAGCUCGUACAUGGACAAACGGGCGGUGGAAGGACGGAAACGGGAGUUCAUCAAGGACUCAAAGAACUUCAGUCAGACGCUGAAGGAGUUCUUCAAGGGUGGACAGUAA